AUGCCUACGAAUCUUUACCCAGAUAUUCCCCUUCUUCAAGAUCCUGACUCAGAGUCGGCGGACGCUACGGCCUCCGCUCACACCUUCACCUUCGCAUAUCCUGUUCCAGAAGAGGUGUCUCGAAUUCUUCCGGCGUCAGGCACCUAUGGCCCCUUUCGUGUUUGGCGUGUUUUGGGCGAGGGCGGGUACGCUACGGCAAUGGGAGCCCAAGACAUAGCGACAGAUCGCUUGUUGUGUCUCAAGGUCUUCCGGAAGGACCGUCUUAAGUACAUGUCUACAAAAAAAGUUCUUUUGAAUGAACUCGAAGUGUACAAGCGCAUUUCAUUAGCGAUGCCGUGUCCCGCAAUUAGAUUUGUUAUGGGGCUUGAAAUGUCGUUUCAGACAAAGGAUCGAAUAUGUUUGGUCAUGGACCCUCGCGGCCGGCGACCUCUACAAUGUUAUGAGAGAUCGCUCUUCAUAUUGUGUCCAGCAUCGUCGCAGGCGCUCGGGAUGAAUGCUCUACAUGAGAUAGGGAUCAUUCAUCGGGAUAUCAAAGCCGAAAACAUCCUGAUCGAUGUUCGAGAGAACGCUAGGGUCACUGAUUUUGGCCUGUGUUAUGUACACACAGACAAGGGGCCCCUGGAGCAACGGUGGGGGUAUACAAGAGGUACAGUGGGGAACGACCCACUGCAUGGCACCGGAGGUCUUGCGCAACAGAACAGACCCCAGUUCUAUGGGGCUGUAUCGUCUACCAGCUUGUUUCAAAGACACAUGAGGCGUUAUUUUCAACGGAGGAUGAUAUAUCAUUCUAUGUUUCUUGGUUCUCCAACACUGACAGAGCAUCCAAGCGGUUUCCCUGCCUUCGAAGGACUCCAUGAAGUUAUCGCCGAUUUACUUUCAGGGCUGCUACAUUGUGACCCAUACUCACGGUAUGGAUUCCAUGAGCUCAUAGAGCAUAAAGCGUUUUUGCUCCAAUGUGGCAUGUCAGAAUUCUCCGGCGCAUACGCUCGUGCGCUUGAACGCGAAGAACUGCCAGAUUCGCUGCCAGAUUUACGAUGUGGAUUGGACAUUUACGCAGCACCGGUUUGGUUUCGCUUACCUUACUGCGAGAAGCCGCGCGUUUCAAAUGUGGAUUGGGUCAAGCCGGCGCUUCUUUCUACGGACUUAUGA